AGCGCUGAGGAGGGAGGGGGCUCACUAACCACAGGCACCCAGUAUGGCGCUUCAAACUGAGGAAAGUCGGCUCCUUUUUACUCAAAAGUCAACGGGAAGCGGCGCUGGUGGGUUCGUAGAAGUCGAAAAUGCGGACGCACGCCUGUACGGAUCCGGACGCAUCGAUCUACACGCCCGCGACAUGGAAAAUCCGCGCCGCGAGACAGCUGUUGCUCCUCAGGAGGAGUUCUUAAAAGCUCCCUGCCGUGUGGACGACAGUCGCUCUUAUUCUGCCUGCGCCACAAUCUCGGAGACGGGCAGGGAGCUGUGCAAAGCCGUGUCCGUGUCCCUGGGACUGGCCGUGGAGCCCACCGACAUGAACGACGUGGAGACUGCGCUCCCGUCGUGCGCCGCCACCGCCGCCGACAGCCACAUGAGAGCAGAGUAUUUAUUCGGACUUGGAUCCAGGCCACCGAACCGUCCUCAGUAUCCGGAUCAAGACGAGCACGGAGACAGACAAGUGGUGGAAAUGUUCAAAAGUUCGGAGACCACCGCGCAUCUCCAGCACCUCAUUCCCUCCCCCCGGACGGAUGGAAACUUCACGCUGCGUGAAGCUGAUGAAACAACUCCACAGAACGCAGACCGUGUCCCCGCGUGCCCUUACGGCCCGCUGCUGCCAGGCAGUUUGGCGCGCGUCAGGCACACGGCGGCGGAGAGGCCGUGCCGCGUCUACAAACCCCCCGACGGAAACUUUGGGCCGGGCGUGGAGCACAGGUACGGCUACCCACAGGAGCAGCACGGCGUCAGAAUCAAAGCCGAGCAGAUGAGCGGCGAGUCCACGCUGUGGGUCAACAACUUUGGCUACGGCGACAAGAGCGGCACCGAGUUCUGGGCUCCAUCGCGCGGCUGCGGGAGCGCAGCCGGCGCGCAGCCGAACGCUGCAUUCAUAAGUAAUCCUUACGAGAGGAGCAUCGUGCGUCCGGAUCAGUGGUACCCGGGCGGGAUGCUGAGGGCCCCCUAUCCCAACAACUACGUGAAGAGCGAAAUGGGCGAGUGGCUGGACGUCACGUGCAACGACAGGUUUGAGGGAAGCAGAGACCACAUGUUCCCCAUGGAGUUCUUCUUCCCACCACAGAGGACAUGUCUGAUCUGCUCAGAUGAGGCAUCUGGAUGCCACUACGGUGCGCUCACCUGCGGCAGCUGCAAGGUGUUCUUCAAGAGAGCUGCAGAAGGCAAACAGAAAUACCUGUGUGCAAGCAAAAAUGAUUGCACAAUCGAUAAGCUAAGAAGAAAGAACUGCCCUUCCUGCCGUCUAAAGAAAUGUUUUGAAGCUGGAAUGACCCUUGGAGCACGUAAACUGAAGAAGAUUGGGCAACAGAAAAACCCUGACGAGGACCUUCCUCUUCAGGAAUCUGUCGAGGUCAUCCAGAACAUGUCUCUUAAAGGUGGUCUGAACUUCAACUCCCACGUGGUCUUCCUCAACAUCUUGGAAACCAUAGAGCCUGAGGUGGUGAACGCCGGACAUGACUGUUGCCAACCAGACUCUGCAGCCACUCUGCUCACCAGCCUCAAUGAACUUGGGGAGCGACAGCUGGUCAAAGUGGUCAAAUGGGCCAAAGGCCUGCCAGGUUUUCGAAAUCUGCACGUGGACGACCAAAUGACUGUCAUUCAGCAUUCAUGGAUGGGGGUGAUGGUGUUCGCCUUGGGAUGGAGGUCGUACAAGAACGUGAACGGCAGAAUGCUUUACUUCGCCCCCGAUCUCGUCUUCAAUGAACAUCGGAUGCACAUUUCCACCAUGUAUGAGCACUGCAUACGGAUGAGGCAUCUUUCAGAGGAGUUUGUUCUGCUGCAGAUCACUCAGGAGGAGUUCCUCUGUAUGAAGGCUUUGCUCCUCUUCAGCAUUAUACCAGUGGAAGGACUGAAGAGUCAGAAGUACUUUGAUGAGUUACGCCUCACUUACAUCAAUGAACUUGAUCGUCUUGUUAACAAUCAAAUGACAGCCAGUUGUUCUCAGAGAUUCUAUCAACUCACACGUCUCCUUGAUUCGCUUCAGCUGACCGUCAAGAAGCUCCAGCAUUUUACAUACGACCUUUUUGUCCAGGCUCAAUCUUUGCCCACAAAAGUCAGCUUUCCAGAAAUGAUUGGAGAAAUAAUUUCAGUGCAAGUACCAAAGAUCUUGGCAGGUUUGGUUAAGCCCAUCCUGUUUCACGAGUAGAAGGAUUUGCUUAAAACAACUCAUCUUUGCUGCCUCCAUAAACGUUAAGGCUCUAUGCUGUUUUUUUACAACCUUCAGUCUGAUAGCACUUAGUUCUAUUUCAUAAUCACUAUUUUGUUAUUUGUGGAUUUUUUUUGUUUCUCAUUUUGCCACAAUUCAGAUGGCUACCAUAAGCUUUUAUCUGCAGAACACUCAUGUGUCCAUAAGUGCAGAGUUUCCAGCUGGAGCAGAGGUGCUACCUUACAUUCACACUACGUACAUCUGUAAAUAGUGAUGAGCAGUUCUGCUUGUCACUUUUAAGUGCUGUUGUUUCUUAAAUGUACACUUAAAAAUUUAAAAAAUGCAUAGGUCACUCUAUGUGUGAAGAUCCAUUAAUUUGUGCUGCUGUUAAUACCAUUGGCUGGAAAUAAAAUAGUGCAGCGUACAACAGUGAAGUCAAAUACUGCAUGUGCUUGAGACGAUGUCAUUUCUAAGUGGAUUUGGCACAGUACAUUAUCUCUGCAGUCCACUGUUACAAAGCAAAGACAGGCCUUAUUUUUAACACUAUCAUAAGCAAACAAAAGGGAAACACAUGGACAAAAUGCAAAUAAUUCACUAUGUACGUUUAACAGCCAGUAAUAUCCAGUCAGUCCUGUAGCUUCAGUUAUGAAGAAAUGAAUAAAUUGGACUUCUACCCUGUUUUAUUACACCCCAUACAAUAAUAAUACAUGUAAUUUUUUCCUACAGUGCAUUCAUUGUAUGCACAAAUUUGCAAAAGAAAGAAAAAAAAUGAGCUGUCACAAAACAAACAAUGUUCUGAAGAAUAUUUACAUGGAAGCAGCUGGAGAUGUGCAGACUGCCAAAGAUUCACACUGACCGAUAAAUCAUCUGAUUCACAUCAUUUCACCGUGUUUGAUAGCCGAGCAAUGAGCGAGACGAUUACUUUGGAUUCUGGACGAGACAGAGCUGAUCUUGGAGCAGGAUUGAAGUUGAAGGUCAAUCUGAAGAAUAUUAACAGAGAUAGAGGCCAGUAUGAUAAAUGACUCUUUUAUUCAGCCAACAAAGUGUAAUUCAUUGUUUAAAAAAA